AGAGAGGACCCACGUCCCUCGUUCGGGUAUAGUAUCUCCCCGUCCCCUCCCCGCCAACUCCGACUCCUCAUCGUGAGUUCGCCGGCUCGCUCGUCGCCGAUCCCAUCCUCCCCGCGAGCGAUCCGGGGCGCCGUCGCUCGUCCUGCUGCUGCUUCCGCCGAAUCCUGUUUGGGGGGUUCAAUCGGAUCCCCAUGUCCCAUGUUAGAUCCGCAUCCGCCGCUGCCGAUGCGGCGUCGGAUUGGCAGAAGGUGAGGGCGGAGUGGUUCGCCAGGUUCAAGGAGGAGUACGAGAGGAAGGUCGCGGAGCAUCCCGACGUCGACUGGUCCGACGAGCUGGCCGUCGACGCCCGCCACUAUCGCGAGAGCUGGGAACGCAUCUAUGCAAGAGCCUACGGCCCCUUCGACAAAUCCACGUCUAUCCCACCUAUGCGAUAUACGGCUGAGCCUGUGCCAUUCGAUGCAUCUGAACAAUAUACGCUGCAGAUCUUCUGUGUAAAAAUCAAAGAAUUAAGGCGGGGCUUACAGUGGCCGAUCCAUGUGUUUGGUCUCAUUGCUGCACGGGACACAAUUGAUCACAAUCGCAAUAUGGUCUUCGACCGCACUAGGGAUGACUGCCAAACCCUCACCCAAGAGGAUCCAUAUCUACUACUGACAGGCCCUACCCGUGCUGUUGUGGUGUGUGAUCCUGUCUACCUUGAGGCUGUGCUAAGAGUCAAGGGCUCUACUGAAUCAGAGGAUGAAGAUUUAAGCUUUUUCACUGUACCGCUCACCGAUGUCAACCGCCCUAGGGAAACAUGCCUGAUUACUAGAGAGUACACCAGCAAGCUUAGCACGCUGGAGCUGACGUUUGGCUAUGUCGUUCGCUCCGUGGAGGCCACGAUCAAGGCGCGUAUCGUUGAUGGGUCAUGGCCAGAAGAAGAUGGUUCUUCAGCUCGGUUUACUGCCUGUACCUCCAGCCUGAAACACAAUGGAGUUUUGUUGCUUGAUUCUGGAGAUAAGAGGAGGAAGAUGCGUGUUGAUGCCGAUGGCGUGGUAGGGCUCUCGCGGCGUGUGGUUUCUGUUGAGUUUGAGGGGGAGCUGGAAGUUUCUGUGGUGACAUUUGAUGGUAGUAAUAUUUGUAGUAAGAUGGAAGCUGAGAUAAGGUUCGUGCCUGAGGAGGUCGGUGAAAGCUGUGUUGAGCUUGAUGUUGGCUUUUGUAAAAUGGAGAUCACUGUUGCCUGGUCAUGUCUUUCUUUAUCAUGUCGAUGAUUUGGGGGUAGUACUUUACCUGUUGUGGUUGUUAAGGCUUCGCUAUACGCGGUAAGGCGCAUCCAUGGGCUCAACAUGACCAAAAAGAGGGUGAAACGAGGAUAUUUCCUCAUCUGCUCGAGGUCAAUUCCGACUCCUCGUGGGAUGUGGAUCCCCUAAAGUUGAUGCUAAAACCACCCGACGUAGUUGAAAAAUGUCAACCAUCCCUUUGUUUCUACCAGCUGAGAUUAAUUUCUCCUAAUCAGUGUUGAUUUAGUGAGAAAAUAUUUUUAUUUUCAACAAUGAGAUAAGUAACAUAGAUGUGUAUAUCCAUGAGAUCAGUUUA